AUGUCGUUUUGGGACAGGCUUUAUAUCCCUGGACUUAUUAAGGGUAUGCUCACGACACUGAAACAUAUCCCCAAGAGGAAAUUUACUUAUCAGUACCCCGAAGAUCCACGUAGUGUUGAAGAGCGCAAUGAUCGCUAUCGUGGCAUCCAUAAGCUGCCGUUAGAUCCGGAAGGCAAUGUCAAAUGUGUGGCAUGCUUUAUGUGCGCAACAGCCUGUCCGGCAGACUGUAUCACCAUUCAAGGCGGUCCUGCACCCGAAGGCUGGAAAACGAAAGAAGGUUAUCAACGCGAAAAAUAUCCCGAAGUUUUUGAGAUCAAUAUGCUGCGAUGUAUCUUCUGUGGAUAUUGUGUUGAAGCGUGUCCAGAGGAUGCAAUCCAGAUGACAGGGAUUACACUCCCGCAAUACUUUAGAGAAAGACAAAAAGAGGGUGAAGUUCUCGGCAGUUCGCGGAAAGAUUUCAUCUUUGAUCAAGAGAUGCUGAUAGCUAAUAAUGACAUUCCCGAACAAGGACUUCAUCCGGAUUCGUAA